AUGAAAUUUACGGUUAUAUUUGUUAUCACUUAUUUCGCGUCUGCCUUUGCGCAGAUCGAUCUAUACGAAUAUGGAACCAAUGCCACGGCCUUUAUCUCGGAUGGAUGCACUUCUGCGUUGAGGAAAGAGCUAAACUGUGAUCCUUAUCUUCUUACGCUUUCCAUGUCGGACUACUUCGGUCCAGUGGGCAAUCAGACCUUCCAAGAUCAAUUAUGUGAUGAAGGUUGCGGCAGCGCAUUGGAGACCUACCAUUCUUCUGUGAAACAACAAUGUGCCGGCGAUGUCGAGCCCUGGGAUGGAGUCCCAGCUGUGUGGGCGGGAGACGUCUUAUGGUCGACCUGGAACAGGACUUGCCUGAAGGACCCUAAGACUAACACAUACUGCACCGAUGCAAUUGGAGACAUCCAAGCAGCCCUGGGUGACAUUGAUACAGCCUUAGCAGCAGUAUCAAAAGAUCAACUAUGCUCGACGUGUGUGUUAAAUCUGAUACAGCAAAUGCAGAAGACGGCGUAUUCCAACUACGACGAGCAGUUGGUGGAUGAAUAUGUCAAAAUCCAGGACACCUGCAACACAGGGGCCCUGCCCACCGAAGUGCAGCCUCCUGCUACCAAUAUGACCGCCAUCCCUGGCAUCGACUACUCAACUCCCUCCAACAUCUCCUGCCUCUCUGGCAACUUCUACUCUGCCAAGUCCGGCGACGACAUGCAGUCCAUUGCCAAGGCCCAGAAAGUCCCCACCGGCCCGCUGAGAACGCUAAACGGGAUCUUCCCGGACGGAUCGAAUCUGCUUGCCGGACAGAAUUUGUGCCUUCCACGAGCUUGUCCGGUCUAUCUAGUCCAAGAUGGAGACAACUGUAACUCCAUCGCCGAUUCCUACGGUCUCACCAUUGCAGACCUCAUAAGUUAUAACCCAUCCAUCAACAGAGCGUGCUCGAACCUGAAUUCCGGUGAUAAUGUCUGUGUAGGCGCCUCGGGUCAGUUAUACACACCAACCACCAUUCCUGGUGCCACUGCUACAAAAACAGCCCAAUACGCAGCUAGCACCGUGGCGGCAGCAGGUCCAACAGGUUACGGAACCACGAAAGAGUGUGGGGGCUAUUAUCCCGCCGCUGAUGGGGAUGACUGCGAACAGAUCUCCCUCAUAUACUCGAUCAGCCUUGAUCUUUUCCUUGCAAUCAAUCCAGCCAUCAACGCAGCCUGCUCAAACCUGUUUCCGGGUCUAUAUUACUGCGUCUAUCCGACCGCAAAUUGGAAUGCCACUACCAAUGGAACAACUACGUCGACGUAUGUGACGCCUCCUGCUCCCACCCCAACAGGGACCACCUCGAACUGCUACACUUGGCAUACCAUCGUCGAUAAGGAUUCUUGCUCGCUUUUGCAGAACGUGUAUGGAAUCACAUUCGCGCAGCUUCGCACUUGGAACCCGCAACUCAAUGAGGAAUGUUCUAAUUUGCUCCUUGAUGCCGCUUAUUGUGUUCGCGGCGAUACGGAUACGACCACCACUUCCACCACUGAAACAGCGGGAACAACAACAUCGAAAACCACGACCACGGCGGAUCAGCCGACACAGACCUCUGUGCCAGCCCCAGGUCCGACUCAAGAUGGUGUUCCCAAGAACUGCAACAGCUGGGUUAUGCAAAAAGAAGUUCUAAACCAAGGACUAGAUUUCUUCAACUCUGGCGCAACAAACCAAGUAACCCUCCACGAUAAUUACUCUGCGUAUAGAAAGUACCGUCUCCUCCCCAGAGUCCUGAAAGAUGUCUCCCAAGUGGACACGGGCAUCUCCCUUUUUGGUCGGGACAUCCUGUUCCCACUCUGUGCUUCGCCCACAGGACUACAAGUACUGGCCCACCCAGAUGGAGAACUAGCAACAAGCAGAGCAUGUGCCAAGGCAGGCGUGAACAUGGGAGUCUCCUCCUACACCGGUUAUCCAGUCGAGCAAAUCACCGAGGCAGGAAACGAAGUGGGACCUGUCAACCACGUCAUGCAGCUCUACACGUUGAACGACAAAGCUAAACAAGAGCGUAUUGUGCGUCGCGCCGAAGCUGCAGGUUGCAAGGCAAUCUUCUUAACCGCGGAUAGUCCCGUUCUUGGUGUUCGCUGGAAUGAAUGGCGGAAUGGAUUCAAGCCUCCGCCUGGCGUGGCGUAUCCGAUGUAUGAGAAAACAUCGGAUGAGAUCCAGGCGCAAUCUCAUGAUGAUGGGUUCACUUCGACAAAUUCAGAUUCUCAUUCUUGGGCUACGGAGAUUCCGUGGUUGCGCAGUAUUACCAAGAUGGAGAUCUGGAUCAAGGGAGUCCUUACGCCGGAGGAUGUUGAGAUUGCCGUUGAAUACGGUUGCGAUGGUGUUAUUAUUAGCAAUCAUGGUGGUAGACAGCUAGAUGAGACGCCAGCUACCAUUGAUGCUCUUCCUGCUUGUGCUAAGGUUGCACGAGGACGGAUUAGGAUUCAUAUUGAUGGUGGAAUUCGGUCCGGAGCUGAUAUCUUCAAGGCCCUGGCUCUAGGCGCAGAGUGUUGCUGGGUUGGACGUCCUGUGCUUUGGGGAUUGGCGCAUGAUGGUCAGCAGGGAGUCGAGCUGAUGUUUAAGAUUUUGUACGAUGACUUCAAGCGAUGCAUGCAGCUUACAGGCUGUAAAUCGGUCUCGGAGAUUCGCCCGGAGCUUUUGGCUAUUGUUAAUGCAUACGGGCCUUUGGCAAGGCUGUAA